GUAGUUAUAGUAUACAAAUGGAAUUGAAUAAAACCAGACAAUUUGUCAAAAAGUGAUACAAGAACAUCGUAGAAAACUUUGCGUACAACAAACUUUAAAAAAGUUGGUGUACAAAAAGUUUUUAGAAAACUACGUAAGAAGGCGUCUACGCUUAGACGGCAGUGGUAUUUCACUCCCGACUCAAAAACAUUUAAAAAAGGGUUACAUUAAAAGACAACUACAACGGAAACGGCAUACCUCUAAUAAUCUUAACAAGAAAAUUAAAAAAACAAAAAUACCAAUAAGAUAUCAAGGAUACACAUGUUUCUUAAAAAGAUUAAGUAAAGUAAAAGUUUAGUAAACCAAAAGAGGCGGAAAGUUAAAAAGUGCAAAAAAAGGCGAUGUGACAUAGUAAUUGUGCUACCCACCCACCAUAAUUGUUAGCAGUAGUGAAAUCAAUUAAUACUAUAUGAAACACUGAAGAAAAGGCUAUUUAUAGGAAGUUAAUAUUCAUUAGGUUCGCCAGUAUGCCAGCACCACUAACUGGAGUAGCAAAACUAAUAACAACAACAAGCAAAGGAUUAUCUUCGUAUGCCUGUGUUUCUUCUGAUAGAACGUAAAGGUACAUAAAUUGUUAUUGAAUUCAAUAAAUUGGCUUACGCACUCCCCGAAUAGGUGGAUUCCUACUGCAUUUCUGCGACUGUAAGCCAUUUAUUUGCUGUAGAAUUCUAUUAAAUAAUACCGUAAAAUUGAAAAAAUAUAUACAAAAAAGUCGCAAAUACAACGGCAUUCCAACUAAUUAAAAUUAUACCCUCUGCAAGAGUACUAAAACGUAUAUCUUAAGUAAUAAAAGGAGGCGACACAGAAGCUUUUUUUUUGCUUAUAUAAAGGCAGUGCUUUAAAGGUGCUCUAAGCAUACUCAGAGCUGGAUUUGUGUUUUGGGUUCCAGAAAUUUUUUGGCGCUUUUAUUUGAUGCACAUUUCAAAGAGUGAAUUGAAUCAAAUUUGAAUGUCGUCGGUGAUUAAGUUUUAUCGAAGUAGGAAGGAUUCACUGGCACCAUGCAAAGCUUGGAUUCAUCAUGUCAAGAAGCUGAUUUCAUAAUAAAUGACACGCUUAAAAAGCUAAAAGGCUCUAGCACUAGCAUUAAUAGCAGCAGCAAUUCGACGUUAACGGCGUUGAACGCGAGCGGCAGUGGCAGUAGCAUAUUGAGGCAACAACAUCCGCAUCAACAAUUAAUUUAUCAACAGCAUCAAUCUAUUCCACAACAAUCGAAGCAACCGCCAUACUCACAUUAUCAGCAUCUACAAACUGCGCUGCAGUGUCCCGCGCCGCCACAACAACCACAACUACUGACAUCUCCACCGCCACCAGCACCACUUAGCAGUGUAACGUUCUCCAGUAAAAGUUCACUGCUUGACUCAAGUCUGCUACAUUGUAAUAUCACACAGAUUCCUAGCCAACCUCCGUAUUGCAUUUUCGAUGAUGGAACUGAAUCACCAAGUGAAGUACCGCCAGUUGAAAUACUCGCGACAAGUAAUAGCAGUAGUGUUGGCGGCGGUUGCGGUAGCAGCAAUAUCGCUAGUAGCACAAGUGGCUUGGAUGGAAUUGUGCUACUCGCUGAACCUUCAACGAACGCGUCAGCGCAUGGUACAGCUACAUCUACGGUGCCAUCACCAUCGUCCUGUUCAUCAUCGACAAAUCUUUCCAACUUUAAUUCGAUCACUUCCCCCUCGCCGGUAGUGCCCGAUUUGUUGUUAUCAACACCGCCAGGCUUAAAUUCUACAACAUCACUCGGCGAAUCAAAUGUAUCUAACAUCGGAGUUUAUGGUAGCUUGGGUACAAGUGCAUUUCUAACAUCUUUAACGCAGUCGUCACAAUUCUCCACAGCAGCGCAUCAAAGCAACAAUAACAAUAUUACAAUAACCAGUAAUAACAAUAACAAAAAGGCUGAUAAACGUCCUUCCGCAUCCUUAAGUACACAACAACAACACCACAGCAAUCAUUCACAUCAUCAUCACCAGCACCACUACCAACAAUCAUCAACAACAACGCAUCAUCAUCCACCUCAGCAUUUGUUAAGUACAUCAUCGCCCUUGGCUGGUGCGCUGUCAUCGUCUGCAUCGCCUACCUCCUCGCCUAGCAAACGGCAAAAAAUUUCAAAAGAAACAACAAGCCGAUCAUCACCAUCAGCAUCUUCCGCGCGUAAUUCUGGUAGCAAGCGCGACAGUAGCUCGUCGUCGGCGGCAUGUGCAUCUGGUAGCACAACAACAUCUAGUUCAGGUGGCACAUCAUCAUCAUCGCCGUCAUCUAAGUUCUUUAACAUUCAUGACAAAAUCCGCGAAAACUAUCUACAAUUGUUGGCUAAUGAUUUAAACUCAUUCACGGAAACUGGGCUCAAACAGCGUUCGCGUGCUUUUGUUCUGGAGCGUUUGGUAGAAAGUGAAAAACUGAAUACAAUUGUUGUAAACCUAUACCCGGGCAAUAAAGGAUACUCAUUAGCGUUACACUAUGACGAUCGGCAGUUGUUAACGCCUAAUGGCGAAUUCGUGCAUGCAGGUGACGUAUCGGGCACUGGUGGCGCGGAGAGCAUACAAGCAGGUACGAGUGGCACUUCUUCUGCAACCACCUAUAGAGGUGCUUCUAGUCGUAGCAUAGGCAGCAGUAGUGGUAGUAGUAGCAGCAGCAGUAAACUAAGUUUCGCCGCUAUACCGCCUGAUUUAAAGGGCGCCGGUAAUGAUUAUGAAAAUGCGUCCGACUUGAAGCUCAAAGUUGCAGGCGGCAGAGCCGAUGAACAUGGCUUACAACAACAUCAACAACAUGAGUACCCACUGAUCGAAGUACUGCGUUGGCCCUACGAAAAUGAUCAAUUGCUACAGUGCAUUGAUCGUGAGGUAAUACCGGACUUUCUUGUUGACAUGUUGAAUGCGCCCAGCCUCACAUUGAACGCUUCGCACGAUGACAGCGAAGCUGCACGUACCUACGUUAAGCCGAAUGUCUUCUACGCUGGCUGUGUAAUUGCGCAAAUACGCGAUUUUCGACAAACAUUCGCUAUUUCGACGAAUAUCUGUGAUACGAAACACGUCCUUCUGCGGCCCACAAAUGCCACCAUAUUUGCUGAUGUGCAGCACUUGGCCAGCACAACGAAUCUGAGCAUUAAUCCAACGACAUCGGCAUCAGCUGCGGCGGCGGCGAUUUGUAGUGCAGAGGAUAAAUUACAACUGGAAAGUCAGUUAGUGCUAGCCACUGCGGAACCUUUGUGUUUGGAUCCCGAUCCUAAUAUCGGUCGUUUUGCCAUCAAUGCCCAGAAUGCGCGACAACUGUUCAAUACGCAUGAGUUGCGACGUCAAAUGAAAAAGUACACGCAAAUUUCAAUAAAUCGCAAACGAAAAUUGGAUCAGUUUACUCAUCAUUACGGACUUGAGUUAUGUGACUACUUGACACGACUGCGCGCACGGCCACGUACAAGUAGCCUGGUGAACGCUAAUGCCGCCGCGGCCACAGCGCCCAGCAGCAAUCCCCUGGUGAGUGCAAUGCUCACUUCAUUCUCGUCGAAAGUACCACGUCGACCGCGUGACGUCAUACGACCGAUACGUCCGCCACGGCUGGAAUAUCCAUCGAAUCUGAAAGUACCCGAGCAGCUUAUAAGCGUGGAAAAGUAUGCUAAGACGUAUGAGCGGCCACGCGAAACCACAGACUGCCAGCCGCAAUUGAUCGAAGAGUAUGUGUUGGAAACUGAACGUGAAGAAAAUGCUGGGCGACGUGUGAUCUAUCACAUAAAGCUUUCCAUUUUUCAACGACCCUCGAAUUCUGAGUACCUGGGUGAGCUAUAUGUGGAUCGCGAUUACCGUGAGGGUGAACGCAAUGGUGAGUCUUGUCGCUUUUCGUUGGGCACACGCAUACAUGCGAAUCGAUACAUACAGCAAUUCACCGAGAUUUUCACCGAAGAGGGACGCAAAGCAGUUAAAAUCACGCACUUGGUGCCGGGUCAUUUGCCCAAGGUAACACACACCGGCAUCACACCGGAACAGCGACAGGCCUUGCUGAUGCAACAACGACAGGCGGCACUAUUAGCAGCACAACAACAACAACAGCAACAACAACAGCAUGUGCAACAUGCUACGACCUCGACGGGUAAUGCUCAGCAUGUUACUGUUGCAGCAGUGGCUAGUGGAAGCACCACAGCCAGCCAACACCAACAAACGCCGCAACAGCAACACGUUUUGUUGGUCGGACCGAAUGGCCAGCAACAGCACAUAUUGCCCGCCACCGUACAACACAUAGGCACUGUUGGACAUCAACAACAAGUUGCGCAAACUGUUUGCGCCGUUGGCGGGGGCGUGCAGCAGCAGCAACAACAACACAUUGCUAUAACGCCAACAGGCGGUAAUUUGACGAAGAAUAUCAACAUUGUCGGGUUAACUGCCAGCAAUGCGGCUGCUGUACAACAAGUAUUGCGCCAACAACAACUACAACAGCAGCAGCAACAACACCAACAAAUUACAACACAAUUUAUAGAUGCGAACGGCACAACGAUGCACAUACAGUCGAGCGGCGGCAAUGUCAGUAGCGGUAGUGCGGGCAUUAUUCAUGCGCAACAGCAGCAGCAACAACAACAGCAGCCAGCGCAACACAUCCAACUACAUUCGGUUGCUGGUGGCAAUACUCAUACGACAACGCAGCUAAGCCUUAGCAACGGAUCAUUGGUGUUGGUGCAACAACAUCCACUUACGCAAGCGCAGCAACAACAACAGCAGCAACAAACGCAAACGCUGCAACAUGCCGGUAUUACUAUACAGCCCGCCAACUUGCAGCAACAACAACAACAGCAACAGCAAAAGACUCAGGUCAUCACGGCGGCGCAAUUGAACGCCGUUACUGGCACAAAUUCAGCGUUGCGCACACAACUCAGUUCCAGCGUGCCAAUAUUGCAGGCGCAGCUCAAGGCCGCGCCAUUACUUACUGCACAACAGCAGCAGCAGAUCUUGCAUAAAACCACACAACAGCAACACAGUACUGCCAGUAGCAACAAUAGUAGCAAUUCGACGACGACGACAUUACACACAAAUCCUGCGAUAAACGCAAUCUUCACCAACAUCAUGAAUAGCGCCAAUCAAUUCCAACAACAGAAGCAACAGCAGCAACAACAACAACAACAGCUGCAGCAGAACUCCAACAACAAUAGCGGUGGUGUCAGCAACCCGAAUGUGAAAAAUAGCAGUAACGCCUCCAUACGCAGCUUAUUGAAUAGCGCACCUGCCGCUAUGACAAGUACACCAGUGGCCAGCGGCACUUUCACCACUUCGACCGGUCAACAUCAGACCGUCACACAGGUCCAACACACAUCUUCAACGCCUCAGCAGCAACAACACCAGCAGCAGCAACAGCAAACAAUUGUGAGCGGUGAAAACUUUGUCCAGGUGACAACACAGCCAACCACUGUUUCGGCGGCGACAACAGUGCAGCAACGUAAGCAGACCAACAACGAAGUGCUGCAGAAUCUCCUUAAUCCUAAUCGAAAAUUCAAUAUCGUCACCAGCGGUGGCAAUAUUGUGACUGCCAGUGCAGGAGGCACGACCUUCCGUACUGCAGCGGGCAAUUUGGUUGCUGUCAAUCUGAACCAAGCCGCCCAACAUCAAAACCAAGGCCAGGACGGCCAGCAGAUGCAACAGCAAACGACUGGCACCCAGGCACAGCAGACGCAUCAGACGGUGCGCGUGUCAAUGUCGGCUCUCGCCUCACAAUUAGCUUCGCCACCAGCGAUUAUGACGAAUCCAAAUGCGCCCAACUUUGGUUACACAGUGAGUGCGCUGGGUGCUGGUGGCGGCGGCGCCACGGUGAAUACUGUAAGCAGCGUGAGCGGUGCAUCGAGCGGCAGCAUAAAAAUACUCAAUAGUGGCGCGCAGCAACAACGAGUUGCGUUGGCAAAUGCAUUACGACGAGACUCUAGCAACACAGGUGCGCCACCGAAUGCUAUUGUUGUUGGUGUGGCCGCACCAUCACCUGGUAGCGACUCGAAUGCGUCAAAUGCCAGUGGCUUUGCGGUGCCGCAGCCAACCAGUGCCACAAAUUCAGUUGGCACCGCAACCAGCUUGACACUGCUAGGUGCGGCAACGCCGUCGCCUUCCGGCUCCGAUCAUUCACAAUCGUCAUCACAAACGCAGAAUCAAGUACUGCUUGAGCGCCUACACAACAGUAGUGGAACUGCUGCGACUGCGAUACCAAAUAUGUCUCCACAACAACAACAACAACAACAACAAGCGCACGUGCACACACAAUAUCUAGCGAAAACGUUGGUACAAUCGCCAGCUGCUGCCACAUCCAUACACUCGCCCAUGUCUAGUCCACAUCCACAGCCAUCGCCCUCACCACAACAUCACCACCAGCAUCAGCAACAACAACAGCAAUCAACUGCCUCCAACACGACGACUACGCUGAAUUUACAGGGUAUUAAUCUCUUGCAAGGCGCCAUAGCUAAUUUUCCUGGACUGCAGAAUGUGCAAGUGCAAAUACCGGGCUUGGCUCAGCCGCUUUCGUUGCAGCUGCAGGCCGCUGUGCAACAGCAGCAUGGCCAAUCACAACAACAGCAGCAGGCGCAAUCUAACGCUGCCACUGUCUCGUGUGUACUUAGCGGCGGCAGUGGAGCGGCUGGUGCUGCAGUAAGUAACAGCAACGCUGCGGCCAGUGUGGUCGGUAGCAGUGGCGUAGUUGGUCAGCAGCCACAUUUGCAACAACGUAGUUUAUUGGUAUCAGUUCCUGUCUCAACACACAGCCAACAGCAGCAACACCAAUCGUCGCAACAGCAUACAAUAACGCUGCAAGCGGCAACGGGGACGCAGCAAACGCAAAAUCAUGUGCAACAUGUACCACCAACAGGUACGAUUGUGAAUCUACCUACUGGCGGUACGGCGACCACUGCCGGUACACAAACUGUGAUGCUAACGAAUACCGGUGCGGGCGGUGCUGGAACCGGUGGUGCUGGUGUCGGCAAUGCAGGAAAUGCAGCAGGCGGUGGCGGUGCUACAGCAACAAUGCUAACAUUGCCAAUUGCAUCGAAUGCAAAUACAAUUACAACAACAACUAAUUUAACUGCCACACCCAUUGUGAUGUCGACGCAAAAAUUGCAAUUGAAGACGAUAAAAACGCCACAGCAGCAGCAGCAGCAGCAACAACAACAACAACAUACACGUAUAAUAAAUCAAGUGACGGCGACAGCUGCAUCCCAAACGCAAACGCCACAUCAAGCGCAGCAGCAGCAACAACAGCAAACGGUUAUUAUAGGACAGCAUGUAGCCACAGCGCAAGCGGCACAGCAGACACAACAACAACAACACAUACAACUUGCAGGACGCACCGUAACAACAACGGGUAAUGCCAAUCUAAAUCAACAACUUAUUUCGGCAAUAGCCAAGGCUGCUAAGCAACAACAACAACAACAACAACAAGCGGCAAAUCGACGUAGAUCGGCAACAGAUGUAAAUAAAUGAAUGUCGCUGAAUAUGUAAUGUAUAUGAUUUAGUAGACAAGUAGUAAGUGGAGCAGCAGUAGCAGCAGCAGCGGUUGGCUGAAUUGAGUCAAAAGAGUAUAAGUGAGAGAAACUAUAUAAGCAAAGCAGUAUAAGAGAAAAGCAGAUAUUAAUAUAAUAAUAAUAAUAAUAAUAAUAAAACAGAAAAAUUUAAGCAUAACCAAUUAUAUUGCAAGAACAAACAAGAUACGAAAGUUUAGGCUAAGGUAUUAUAUUAUACUUUACCCUAAAUAAUAUGCGUGUAAUCCUUACUUCCUACCUUCCCCUCACUAACACAUAGCCCCCUCCCCUCCUACAUGCAUAUACGUACAUUCUAUAUGCAUGCAAACAAUAUAAUUAUCGGCUGCCAUACUUGCUAAAGCGCGCACGUCUCUCCCUUCGAACACAUACAGACACACACUGUUAACGGCAAUCAAAAAAGUAUAAACCUUUCAGUUAACGAAUUUCACAAAAUUCUCUAGGUUGCUUAUUAGUAAUAAAGCCGGUGAAUGCAUUGGAUUGUACAUACAAUAAUUAAAGAUUGAUUGGUAAAGUAUUUGAAAUUGAUUUUUUGCAAAAAUAAACCUAAACAAUUAUGAACAAUGGAACACAUAGACAAUUUUGAUGAAUUCUACACUACAUAAGAUCAACACUAUUGGCGCGCGCGAAGGAACUUGGCAUAAUACAUAAUUUUAGUGAUAUAUCUUAAACUAAAAGCGUCCAAUUGAAAGCAUGUUUAUCGAAAUUUUAUUAAAAAAAAA